AUGGCGAGUACGGCUGGAGGGAAGAGCAGCAACGCGAAACUGGUCAGCCUCUUCGUAGCAUUUAUACGAGUUUUCUUGCCUUCUCUUUUCCUAUUUCCUCUUUGUUUGAAUUGUAAAACGGGCAGUUUCAUCUUUCGCCUGUCUGAAUUUUUUUCCCCUAUUUUUUGCGUCUAUUUUUUACUUAUUGCCCCCCUUCCAAGUAAUAUCAAUUUCCGUGGAUUAUGCGAACCAGCUAUUCUCUUGCGGUUGUUCUCUUUUAAUCUCUAUCGGCAUCCAAGCAGCAGCUUCGAGGGGGCGCAUUUUUCUUCAUAUGGUGUUUUGACGUCAAUAUUUGAUAUUAAUUUAUAUUUUUUGCGUUUCAUAUGAGAAUAUAUCUGAUUGUGAUUGCCAAAAAUUCGUGACAUUUGAACCUAUGAUUACUAUGACGCGCAAAAUCCUGGUUUCUAGGUGCAUCUUGUUCGGGAUCCUUUAAUUUCUGUUCUAAUUUAUGUGGAUUUAUCUGUUUAUUUCUUAUUUUUUCUUGAUUCAGGUCCUUCUCGGAGACGCUGGAACUGGAAAAUCCAGUAUAGUCUUACGUUUCGUAAAGAACCAGUUCAUUGACUUCCAGGUUGCGCCUAUUCUUCCUGGUGUAAUCUGUGUUAUGCGAUAGAUUUUCCAAAUUGACUUUCUUAUAUCUGUUGCUGCAGGAAUCAACAAUUGGAGCCGCUUUUUUCUCGCAGACGUUGACUGUUGAUGAUGCGUCUGUUAAGUUUGAUAUUUGGGAUACGGCAGGGCAGGAAAGAUAUCAUAGCUUGGCGCCCAUGUACUACAGAGGAGCUGCAGCAGCAAUCGUUGCAUAUGAUAUAACAAACCAGGUCUGUAGGCCAAAUAUUUUUCAAGGUGUGGAAUCAGUCUUGCUAUAUUUCUCAGGCGUAAACAUGAUAUCAGGACUUACAUUAUACAAAGUUUAGGCUUGGUAUAUACCUCAAAUUCAUGAAACCUGGAAGCAGUUAGAUCAAACUCCUGAUCUCCUCCUCUAUUAGUUUUUUUUUAUAGAGGAAAGAGCACAUGCUCUGAGAAUAAAGAAUCACUGCAUUUCAUCCAUCAAUAAGUCAAUGCUUAUCUUAUCUGGAUUUCUAAGCUUUCUUGAUGAUCUAGACUGAAAUCAACGCCCUUGCUAGUCAAAUAAGAUACGGAAUUGGACUUGUUGAAGAUUUCUCUGAGUAGACAAUUUUGUUCUUGGUGAAGUCUUGGGGUUGUAGGGCCACACAGAGUGGUUUGCUUUAGGGUUUGAGGCUAUCGGGAGCUUUUAGUAUGUGGGCUACUUCAAAUGUGAGUCCAACGAAGUAUUUUUUCGGUGGCUAUUUCUAGUAUUAUGCUCGAGGGCAGCUUCGACUAUGUGACUAGUGACAUGCUUUUUUUUUCCCCUUUAGGGAAAAUAAUCCAGUCAUUAUUCAACCCUCCUUUUUUUUUUUGUAAUGAAUUUCAAGGUGUCGUUUCUGGUUUUUUACCUCUUUAAGGAAAACUUGUUGGAUGCUUCACUUCGACGACCAAAUUGUCACAUUAAUUAUUUUUCUGCCCAGCUUUGGUUCCCUUGAUGCGCUUCCCCUAUGAUUGUGUGGUGGAGCUGCAUGGAGAUUGUUCAUUAAUUAUUUUCUGUAUUUUUUUCUUCUGUAUGAAGAACUUGUUGGAUGUUUAUCUCCGAUGACCAAAUUGUCACAUAAAUUAUUUUCCUGCCCAAAAUUUCUUUCCUUAGGAGCUGCACGGAGUUUGUUCAUUAAUUAUUUUCUGCAUUUUCACCUCCGGAAGAAAAACUUGUCAGAUUUUUAGCCCCGAUGAUCAAAUUUUCACAUUUUUUUAAUUAUUUUCCUGCCCAACUUUUCUGUGGAAGAUUUUCUUCCAUAUCAUUCUUCGAAUGCCAUUCAUCGUUCUAUGAAAGAUCAGCCCUUUUUUUUUUAAUGUGUCGAACCCAAUUUGUGUUGAAAAGGAUUUUAUGAUUUUAUGAUGUGGGUGGUAUUUUUAUUUAUUUAUUUUUUUCAUUUGUUUCGUUGACUUUUGGAGUUGACGUUUACCUGUUUGUCUUCCGGAGUAUUCGUCCUUGCGUUCAACGUUUUUAGAAAAUCGGGUAACUUUGAAAGGAUCUGCUAAAAGUCUGACGUGAAGUUAUUUAUUUAUUUAUUUAUCUAUUUAUUUCCCCUGCAGGCAUCAUUUGAUCGGGCAAAAAAGUGGGUUCAAGAGCUUCAAGCACACGGUAGAUCCGAUGUUUUCCUUUUUUUUCCUCCAGUUCAGCUUUAACUUUUCUUCGUGGGGGUUGACAGUUCGAAACCUAAUUUUGGACCGUGCUUAAAUGAUAUCCGAAAGUCAACGCUUUAAGAUUUAAUGCUUCUUUCUUUCUUUUUUUCCCCCCCGUUUUAUAGGAAGCUCCGGCACAGUUGUGGCUCUCGCUGGAAACAAAGCUGACUUAAUAGAUUCGAGGAAGGUCUCGGCAGAGGUGAGUACCUGUUGGGGAUUCAUGGGCGUUGACUUUUCCAAAUAAAGGUGUUUGAGCUGCCCACGAAAAUAGAUCUCUCGAUCAAGAGCGGAUGCAGAUCCCCCCAGCAUUAAGUUCUGCAUUAUUUUAUUUUUUAUUUUUUUUUAUCCAUGAUAUCCUAAAAUUGGUAAUGAAUCAGUCAAUUGGUCAAAUAAUCGGGCUUGAAAUCAGCCUAAAUAUGUUGUACUACCCGUUGUAUUCGACAUUUUGAUCGGACGUGAAUCUGCCUCUCGUUGACUUUUUGGUCUCAUUUUGUCGACGAACAGGAGGCUCGAAGAUAUGCCCAGGAUAAUGGACUGCUCUUCAUGGAGACUUCGGCCAAGCUGGCGACGAACGUGAGCGAGAUGUUCUCUCAGAUUGGUACGACCCCUCAUCUUCUCUGUGUUCCAUCGAUGACUGGUCUUGAACACAUUUACCACGUGCGUUUCGCCGCACACCUGGCGGCGAUAUCGUUUCCCACGUACAUCUCGUUGGUCAUAAUGAGGAAUAAUGAGAAUCCCAUGGCCACUGUCCUCGAGGCGGGGUCAAUCGUCGUUUUAUUAUUUAUUUAUUUAUUUAUUUAUUUAUUUCCCUGACUCGGAUCCUCAAAAUCAAGCUCUGCAGCAGAAAAAUAGACCCCCACCUGAGAAGCCCAAAGCCAAUAUCUCUCUCACUAACUCACUCACUCACUCACUCACUCACGUAUCCAUGCAUUCUUUGAUGAUUGCAGCGAAGAGGCUCAUCGAGGCUCAACCAGCAGGAAACCCUUCGGGGACGAGCCUGCUCCUACAGACGCCUUCAAGCACGAUGCCAAGGCCUUCUUCUUGCUGCUCUUCCUCCUAG